ACCCUUACUAGCGCUGUAAAUUAUUAUUAUUAUUUAAAAAAAAAAAAAAAAAGUAAAACGCUUUACAGUCACAGAAGACGACGACACAAACGGCUAUUAGGGUUUAACCGAGAACUGAGAUGAAAUGCCCUUAAACCUCCAAAACUCUUUUGCAGAACUCAAACUCAGAGCUCAGAGUUUCGACUCCAAUGGCGGCCUUCGACCACAUAAACGACAUGUACGACGUCGCUCUGCGGCCUCGUCUUCUCCGUAGCCUUGUCAGAGAUCAUGUCCCUGACGACAAACACCCACUCGGAAGCCCCUCGCAGCUCUCGAGGGUCAUCUCCAUCAUCAAAACCCACGAUCUCCUCUCCGAAUCGUCUGGAGUUCAGACUGACCAAAAGCUGCUCUACAAUUGGAAAUCCGCCGUCGAUUCUUGGCUCGACCGCUUGUUGCAGCUCGUUUCCGAUGAUAUGCCAGAUAAAUGUUGGGCAGGAAUUUGUUUACUUGGGGUAACUAUUCAAGAAUGCAGCUCCGACCGUUUCUUGGCUUCAUACUCAGUUUGGUUCCAGAAGCUUCUAUCACAUAUUCAGUUACCAGAAGCUUCUCAUUUUGUGAAGGUAGCAUCGUGUGCCUCAAUUUCAGAUCUACUCACAAGGUUAUUAGGGUUCCUAAAUGUAAAGAAAGAUGGGACUGCCCUUGCCGGAAAGCUCAUUCAACCACUUUUGAAGCUGUUAAAUGAUGAUCAUUCCGAGGCCAUUUGGGAUGGAGCACUUCAUUUGUUAUGCACCAUUAUUACUUCCUUUCCAUAUUCUAUUGGUCGUAAUUAUGAAAGUGCUGAAGCUGCUAUUGCUUCAAAACUUUUGUCGGGUAACUGCAGUUUUGAUAUGCUCAAGAAGCUUGCCCAUUGUCUAGCAUUGCUUCCAAAAUCAAGAGGAGACGACGAAAGUUGGUCUAUAAUGAUACAAAAAAUUUUGAUAUGGAUAAACAAUCACCUGAGUAACGCCUUCCAAGGUUUUGAAGAAGACACUAAAUCUCAUGAAGCCGUAAGGUUAUGGAUUCCACCAGAAAAAGAUCUCCCUCCUCCACUUGGAGGACUUGCACUGUCAGGAGAGCCAUCAUCCAACUCAAGGAGGUCGGAGCAUCUGCUAACAUCCAAUGUCUCUUCAUUGAUGCUUUGUUGUUGUUCAAUGUUAACAAGUUCAUACCCUGUUCAGGUCACUGUACCUGUUCGUGCUUUGUUAGCGCUUGUUGAGAGAGUCCUUAUGAUAGAUGCUUCUUUGCCUCAUUCCCAAAGGCCUUUUGUGACUGCUAUGCAGCAAGAGUAUCUUUCUUCUGAACUUCCAAUUUUGCACCUGUAUAGUCUUGAACUCCUUACUGCAGUCAUAAAGGGUGUCCGCAGUCAACUUUUACCCCAUGCUGCAUCUAUUGUGCGCCUCAUCUCAGUCUACUUGAAGAAAUGCGCAUUACCAGAAUUGAGGAUAAAGGUCUACGCAAUCACAAAGAUAUUGUUGUUGUCGAUGGGUGUUGGAAUGGCGUCUUGUCUUGCACAGGAUGUUGUGAACAAUGCAUUUGUUGAUUUGAAUCCCAUUGGUUCUGGGACUGGUGGAACAUCUAGUGAGAACCCGAAGACAUCUAGUGAAGCAUUGCAGCAAACAAGCCGUAGAAAAAGGAAACACGGGACACCAACCGGAUCCCUUGAGGAGGGUCACGGUGGAAGUAGUUUAGAGGUGGAAGCACUGAAGAACCAACCCAGCAUUCUAAUUUCCUUGAGAAUUGCUGCAGUUGAGGCAUUGGAAGCUCUACUCACUGUGGGAGGUGCAUUAAGAUCUGAGGGCUGGAGAUCAAAUCUUGAUCUUCUUUUGAUAAAUCUCGUGAAAAAUUCUUUAAAAGGGGGAUGGGCCUGUGAGGAAAUAAAUAUUUUCCAGCAUAGUGGUCCUACUGAAAUUUGGGCAAAUAUGCAGCUUGCAGCAUUGCGUGCGCUUUUGGCAUCUUUUCUUUCAUCUCGUGUCCGCUCACCUUACAUAGCAGAGGGUCUUGAACUUUUCCGAAGAGGAAAGCAAGAAACUUCAACAAAACUUGCUGACUUCUGUGCCCAUGCUUUGUUGGCCUUGGAAGUUCUUAUACAUCCGAGGGCCCUUCCAGUGGAGGAUUUCCCCUUUUCAAAUCGUAUUUCUGACGGAGUUCAUAAAUAUCAAGAAAAAAUUUACUCCGGCAAUCCCAAGUACAUAACCCCAUUUUCAAGUGGCGCAAACGGAAUGGGACAGAAUGAUCUUGACUCAGAUCAUGAUGACUUGUGUGACAGUUGGCUGGAAAAUGGCAAAGAAGCAGAAGCUACAGCGAGUGAUGCUGGAGAGACUAUAAAGUAUGUUGAGAUGAUUCCAUCCGAAACUUUAGCUGCUUGUCAGGAUAUAAAGCUUUCGGACAAUGGUUCCGAUAGAGAGAUUCUAGAAGAAAGUAAGCAGAAUUCAGAAGUAGCAGCCAAGGCAGAUAUGGAGGAGAUACAAAGAGGUGGGGAUGAAAUUAUGACUGAAUCCAACCAACAUCCAGAACGCACGCCCCAAAAUCAGGACCCUGUUUCUGCGAGACUUUCAUCAGUUCCCGCAACCAUUGAUGUUUCAACCGGAGCUCAAAUUGUGCUUGAUAAGAUUACUCCUGAUAAUGGUAUGGACACAGACCAAGAUGUCUUGGGGGCUAGAACGGAUGUCGGCACGCCUAUAGCAUCCACUUCCGAUAAAACGGUGGACUUCACUUCUGAAAUGGAUCAUGAAUCAGAUAUGGAACCAUUUCCUGAUAUUGUGGAUGCUGAUCCAGAUUCUGAUUACUAAACCAAUUUUGUUAAAGGAACCGAGAGGACAUGAAAAAACUCGAGGAAGCUGUGUACAUGAAUUUUUGGCCAAAAGUAGAUUAUAAAAGAAAGCACUUGCGUUUUCAACGUCUAAUCUUUGUUUAUUUAUUUAUUUAUUUUUUGGUCGGUACUGUAUGGUUGGUUUAUUGGUAACCAAAUUAGUCACAAUAAAAUAAACAAAAUGUUACAUUGGAGGGCUGGAAAUGUUAUAUCUUUU